AUGACGAAGCCAGCCGCGGUCGAGAAGGCACCAGGCAACCCCCACUACCGGGGCACCGAGCUCUGCAGCUUCUUCUUGAAAGGGAUGUGCCGCCAUGGUACGAAGUGCAACUUCGCUCACAGCAUCAACGAUCUCAAGGAGAAGCCCGACUUCUCUAAGACCCGCUUGUGCACCAACUACUUCAAGACGAAGUCGUGUCCCUAUGGCAUGCGCUGCAGCUUCGCCCACAGCAAAGACGAGAUGCGUUCGGCGGCGCGUUCGCGCGCCGCCCGUGAGAAGGUGAUAAUCGACCUCCCAGAGGAGCCUGGAAUCAAGACGCGAGAGACUCGUGAGGAGUCGACGACGUCACUUGUCGCUUCGCAGAGGCUUGGGUCCCACGACACCCCGGUGCUGCAGGAGCCGAUUUACAUCGCGAGUGGCGAGGACCUUUUGCGCCGUCCCGAUGUUGACUUGGCGCAAGACCUGGCGUCGAUCCCGUGGCUCCGCUAUGGGAGUGGCUCCUCCGCGACUCCACCGACCUCCUCGACUCCGCCUGCCUCGAUGACACCACAG